GGGCCGACCACUAGCGGCGGCGCACGUUUAAUAGAUACGUACCUUACUCUUAUCGUCUUCUUUCAAGCACCGAGCUCAUCAAAAGCGUUCCGGAUGCGUCCGCUCCACCGUAUCGCCAGAUCACAAUGCCUCCUUGUACCUUUGAGUUCCCCUGGCGUGCCAUGGGUCUUGUUAGAUUAGAUUCAUCCUUUGUGGAAGUCCGGGGGGUUACUUGGCACACGGCCCAACGUACGACAUGACCAGUCUGUUGAGACAACAGAACGUGAUCACCACCUAAGUAUUCCCCGGCUCAAGCCAAGUUUCAGUCUCGUAGCACUGAACCAGUCCCGACAGUCUCCAUCAUGGCGACAUUUCCGGAGAGGCAAAAGCGAUCUAACUUCCGGUUCCACAGAUACCGUAGAGAUGGGGCGCAGGACAUCGACUUCGAGUCGCUAGAGUAUUGGGCCUUCGACGUCCCCCAGCCAGGCGUGUAUCCCGGGGUUCAAAAAACGGCAAUAUUGCGCGGCGACUAUGACUACCCACUAAGGAACAUAGGGGGCGGUCUCAGGUCAAACGCACGACCGGCUUCUCUGCCAGGUGUGCGGCAGCGCCUUCGGCGGAGACUGUUACCUCGACGGCUGCAUUGGUCAAAGGACCUCGGGAUUGGAGGCAAUGGGUUGGCGAGUCUGUUCUUUCUUUCUGAUGGCAGUCCCAUAGGCCGACGACAGUAUUUCGUCGCAAAAUGCAAUCAUUCCGGAGGGGAAUACGCAAACGUUAUCUUGCGCGAAGAGAAGAUCAAGACGGACGAAUUUCAAGAUGCCAUGCAUAUCAUCCAGACCCGCAGAAUCCCCCCGGUGCAAAACCCACGGAGCUCCCGGAGGGUACGGGCCCGAGAAGGCCCCCAGACAUCGCGCCGAUGGGACCAGCAUGACCGCGACAUGACGGGCAUCAUGCUACUUGAGUACUGCCAGCGCGGAAGCUUAGACAAGGCCCUUUCGGUUUCGGCUCUCAAGGAUAUCCGAUUUCCUGAGCGAGCGCUCUGGCACAUGUUCCACUGCCUCAUUGAAGCUCUCAUCGCAUUGGCAUAUCCGCCCCCACAGCAUGGCAACCUCUACAACGGCCUGCUGCCUCCUUUCAUGGAACGGAUUCCGGAGAAUGAAGAAAAGGCCAGAUGGGUCCAUUUUGACAUCGAUCCCCAGAAUAUUCUUGUCCACACAAGUCAGCCUGGCUCGGAACAUCCCUUAGUUCCAUCCUUGAAACUCUGUGACUUUGGGCUCGCGACUGGACUGAGCGAAGAAGUCCUGAGGAAAAAAGAUCACAUGCUCACAUUCAGGACAUGGGCAAAGCACUUCUUCUUCACGCCGGAACAAUUCAGCGCCGAAUGGGACUAUAUCCCCUGGAACGAAAUUCCAGCGACGACCUACCCCCGUCCCAGAGUUGCAGGGAACUUCACAUGGAAAACCAACCUUUUUCAGAUGGGAGCCGUCAUGGCGUGCCUCAUAACCAAAUGCUACCCACCGGCGCCUCCCCGGCCCGGGAGGCUCAUCAUCCCCGGGCGGGACCUAGAUCCUUCAUAUUACAGCGACGCGCCAGACGACAACGACGAAGAAAACGAAGAAAACCAACCCCCCGUCGGCUACGGCAGCCACACGAGCUGGUCAAGCCACAACCCCCUCGGAACCGGCACCUCCGCGCCCCCCAACCCACAACAAGACUACUACGGCAACGCAAACAAAGAGAACUACGACCCCGACGACGGCCCGGACGGCGACCCCGUCGGGAACGGCUACAUCCGCGUGUGGUCGUACGGGCACUACCUGCUGAGCGACGAGGACGAAGAUGACGGCGGCGGCGGCGCCCACGACCACGUGUCGUGGACGCUGCGCCACCUGGUCGCCCAGUGCCUGGCCGACGACCCCCGCUACCGGCCCAGUCUGGCGUGGUUGGAGAGGGAGAUCUCGAAUAAUAUACAGGAUCGGUGGGGGGACGAGCCGGAUGAUGGGGAGAGUAGUCGGGAGGUGAGGGAGUGGAUUAAGGAGUGUCUAGAUGUGCCGGUUCCGAGGCAGG